AUGGUAUCGCGAGGUUCGACCAUCCACCACACGCGCCGCACCAACAAUCCGUUCAUGACCACGAGCUCGGGCAUCGUCGGCAUCGACUUGAACGAGAAGGUGGCGUUUGACGCUCCUCAGCUCCGCAGCAGCUCGAGCAACAACCAGAUCGGGACUGGCCAGCCACGAUCAACGAACUCGUUGACCGAGUUCAUGUACCAGACGACGUCGGGGGCUCUCGGUGAAGGGGUCCACGCUCAGGAACGCUCGCGGUUGAGUCAGCGGAUGGACAAACUCACACUCCACAAAGAGGUGGAAUCGUCCGGCGUCGUGACCAUCCGAAGAGUCGACGUCGCAGCGCCAGAAGAGUACGCCAUCCGCCCCGAAGAAGUCAUGCCAAAGCCCAUCGACAUCAAGGGGAUCACUGAGGCCCGAGGCGAGCACCCCAUGUACGCCACCAGCUACCGAGACAUUGGCGCUGACAAGGCGCAGCUGAAGGUCGAGAUGGAGCAUCUCGGACGGCCAAAUACGUUCACCAACUCCUUCAACGGCUUCCGGUACCGCGACUUCGGCCUCAACACCGCCGUGACCAAGUCCCGCAUCUGCGACCAACUCGACUACUCCUGA